AUGAUCAAGUUUGGAGCAGCCAGGAUAAAGACUGGUGGCACAGGCGUAGAUGAUAAUCAACAGGCAGCAGACUUGCAUGAUGAGACAAAUUGGCGAUCCUCAGCAGGUCCCUCCAAAGCAGAUGACCUCUGGAGAUUGUUCAGAGCAUCACUCGACUCACCAAAGUCACCUCAACAACAACAAACAUCUGAACAACACUUGAAGAGAGUGGUCAGCCACUUCCAUCCACAGUACGAUAUAUGGAAUAUAGAGAUGAAUGCAAAUAGCUUUGAGAUGAAGACAAUGGCGUUGAAGAUCAAGUCCACACCGAUAUUGGAUAUUCAAUCACUUCAAUUCGUCUCGUCACAAUUGUGCACGUUCGUGAUGAGCCUCUCAGUGGCACUGACUGACGACUCCACACCCAUGCCCACCGACGGCAUCUACCUGAUGGCGCUCAUCAACAUAUUGUCGCGAUCACAACUCAACAACGCCCUGCUGCUGCAGGAGAACGCGCUCACACACCCAUUCCAGGCCGCGCGACUGGCCACCCUCAAGCUCUCGUCCAUCAAGGACACGGUCGCAGGCGGCACCUUCCGCAAGUGGUGGCCAUACCUUCGCCUGCUUCUCGGCCACUUUUGCAACUUUGUGUCCAACUUCUCACAUGAUCGCGCAGGCUGGCUGCGCUCCAUCCGACACAGCUUCGAUCUCACCACACUGGCCAGCAGCAACGACGACGUGUUGGGCGCACCAUCCUCGCCAAACAUCUACUCACUGCUCCAGCUCUACAAGCUGGGCGUCGUCGGCAUCCUGCUCGACUGCAUCCAGUUCUACAACGAGAACUUGGGCGCAGUAUGCGCGUCCGACAGCGGUUCGGCCAACUUCCGAUACCUACUGGUGGAUGCACUUGGCUGUCUAGUAUUCUCAAGCAACAAGCAACAUUGUAAAUUAAAGGAGUCUGGCGCUGAGAUGAAGAUCCUGCUCGGUGGCAUCUGUGGCGGACAACGUGGCGGCAACAGGCACUCAACCGAGCUUCAAAGUUUCAACACCGAGUUCCAAUUCCAACUGCACAUGCUUCGAGCAAUCAGAGAGUUAAUUGACAAUAAUGUAGAGAAUGCAAGAUGGUUCAUCAAUCUAAAGGGAUUCAAAGUGAUCAAACAGUUUAUAUUGUGGACGGUGGAAUGUUUCCAGGCAGAGUCACAUGGAUGUACAGAUGAGAUGGUACAGAAACAAGCAAACAACACCGCAGCCGCCACCGCAGCCACAUCGCAACAACAAUCCAACAACAACAACAACAACAACAAGUCUGAUGCCGUGCGCACACCAACACCACUCAAGCGCAAUAGGAUACCUCAACUGGUGCAGCUGUUUGACGUGCUGCACAAGCUCACGUUCUCCUCAAUUCCCCUGGUCAUACCAACAUCCCCACAUGGUGCCAACAAAGAGAUAUCAACAUCGACAUCACUUCAACAAUCAUCACUCCCAAGCUCACUUUCCAGCACGACCCCAUCGUCAGGCGAUACGAUCGUCUUGGUGGGAGCAUCAACAUCACCCAUGCUGUUGUCCAACAGUUUGGGCUCUGGACUGGGCGGGUCAAGCCCCUCCCUCCUCUCAAGCCUUGGCAACAACACGCUUGAGGACAUCAACUCGAUGACCAACAAGAAACAUGUAAAUACCCAAUUGAUCAAGAUACUACUGGUGAGCUUGUUCAAGGCCAAGACCAGAAGUGACAACUUAGAGCUGCAACUGUCCAUCCUGGAGUACCUCUGCAGCAUCGUCAACGAGCACAGCGACACAUUGGAGGUGUUGAGAAAGCAUCUCAUCUACAAGCUACUGCUCACAUCCAAUCACUUCUAUCCCUGCAGCAAUGACAACAAUAAUGACAACAACAACAACACCAGUGUACAGGCUCAACGAAGACAAUACCUUAGCGAUGGACUUAGGACUGACACAAUGAACACUGUUCAAUUCUUGGCGACAUUGGACCAGCGCGACAAUUGUGAAGAGAUUGGCGCGAUCUUGGAUCUACUCAAGGCACAUGCCAGUCAACCGGCAAUCAUAGUGGAUGCAUGCCAGAUGUUGAUCAACAUCACCAAGCGCAAUCCCAAGACAAUCAAGGCCCUGCUUUCACAAGGUAUCUUUGAGCAAUUGGCCAACUUUGUCCAGCAGCUACUGGACAAGGCUGUCGACAGCGAAACAGAGUCGCAGCAACAACUGGCCAUGCGUGCACGCAACAUGGUGCUGAGCUAUCUGGGCCAACUCAUCGUGAAUGAGGAGAUGUCGCAUCAGGCAUUGGUGGACCGCACACUCAUCACAACAUUGUUCAACAUCCUGCAACAUCCCGAGCUGAAACAGUAUGCACUCACGCUCAUACUCUUCCUCAUGAAGCUGAGUCCCGAGGGCGAGCAUGACCUCAACGAGAUCUACACGACAUUCGCCAAUCAGCUGUCCAACUUCAAGGAUGAUGGUAGUAUCGUGCCAAACACCAAGAACAAGCUGUCGCCCGAGUACUCGAUGGAGGUCAAGUUGUCGCUGCUGGACAUCAUCCGCCAGGUGAUCAAGGGCAACCCCAAGAAGCAGUACCAGUUCAAGAAGUUCCACAUGUUUGCCAAGGUUGCCAACCUUGUGAACGUGGGCGCCACCGCCAGCGACACGCCCAACUCAAUGGCCAACCUGACCACGCUCUCACACUCGGUGCUGCGCACGAUUGUCAUGAUGAUGGCCAAGAGUGCCAAGAUCAAGCGACACUUUAUCAAAAGAAUUGGAUACGAUUCGCUCAAGAACAUCAUACUCAAGUCUGAGCCGGUGAUCUCAUCGAUCACACUCAACAUCCUGCUGGACAUGGUCGUCGACAAUGAGUUUGAUCGUGAGGAGAACUACUUCAUCCAUAACAUCGAUGCGCUGUUGCUCAUCAUCCACCUGCUACAUCACUUCCCACUGGACCUACAGCGCCAUGCACUCGACACAAUCACACACAUCGUCCAAAAGUGCACGACUAACCAACUGAUAUGCUGCAACUGCCAUCUGAUAUACCAUCUGCUGUGUGCGAUCGAUGCCAUUAGCGGGUCAGCGCAGCAGCCCCCCAUGGACAUCACCUCCAAGAUCCUGCACCUCGUCCAAACACUUGGUCUGCACAGUGUCAAUGUGCGUGAGCUCAAGAAGCUGUUCCGCCUGCUCAAGAGUGAUGGCACGGGCGGACGACGCCUGUCCACCACCUCAGUCCUACUGUCUACCCUGCAGAACAUUGCAGUGUCACGCAAUCCUGGCCCACAAGUAUACUUUGACUUUGAUGGCAAGUCUUCAUUCAUCAGUCUGCCUACAUUCGAGAAGUGGCCCUUCACCAAGGGCUUUACGUUCUGCACUUGGCUACGUGUCGAGUCCUUUGUCGAUCCGACUGGCGCGCCAGAGUACAAGCCGCGACUGAUAAGUCUGCUCAGCGAUACGGGAAGCGGCGUCGAGGCGUUGUUCAUCUACCAACAGCUCCAGAUACAGAUGGUGACACCAGGCACCCCUCCCAAGCCCGUGCUGACCAACCCGCCCUCCCUGGAAGAGGGCAAGUGGUACUUCAUCAGCAUCGUCUACAUGACCAACUUGUUCAGCAGCGAGAUACGCGUGUAUAUUGACGGACAGCUGCGAUCAAAGGCCACAAUCAAGCUCACGGCCAACCUCUUGAGCGGCUCGAUCAGCAACUGCAGGAUUGGCAACAACGUGCGAUUGGACAACAAUGAGGCUGUGGCGCGUAGCAACCCACUCUACGGCCAGUUGGGCGCGCUAAACAUCUUUGACGAAACAUUGUCGCCAUCUCAGAUUCAAACAAUGUUCUCGCUAGGACCAAACUUUAGCGCCACUCUACAGGACAUUGAGGGUUUGGCAUCAAGUGGCGGUAGUGGCAAGAGUAGCCACGCACACACAGUCGAUCAAUCACUGACCAGUCGGCUGUUCCUCAGCUACAAUUGUCGCGCUAUCGAGGGCGAUCAAUGUCUGGACACGACGCCAAACAUUGGAGCCGAUCGCCACUUUGACGGCACACUUCACUCCGUGCACCCAUGCGUGUCACGUGACAUCAAGGACAUCAUCUAUUGUCUUGGCGGCAUCAAGGUGUUGUUCCCACUGCUGCCACAGAUGAACCAACAGUUGCUUCAGCAGCAGCCAGAGAACGCCACCGACACAGCCAACAAGCUGAUCAUUCAGAUACUGGGACUGUUCCGCGACAUGUUGCGCGGCAGCGAGGCCAACCAGGAGGAGAUGUUGCGCUGCAACGGUAUGCCCGUGCUGGCGUACCUCCUCCAGAUGCUGCCACCCGAGUACAUCACCACUGGAGUACUCACCAUCUUUGUUGACAUGGGCAACCAGAUCUCUGAGCCCAGCCUCGUUGAGGAGGUGUACCGCCUGUUGCUGGACUUUAGGCUGUGGAUCAAGACCAAGGUCGAGGUGCAGAAGAGUCUGCUUGUGAUGCUCAAGCAGAUACUCAUUGAUAAGAUCGAUCAACUCGAGGAGAUAUUCACAGUGCAGGCCAUGAUCGACCUCAUUGCCAACUUCUAUUGGAGCGAGUUCCACGAGACGAGCAAAGUGCUCAACACCAAGGACAAGCGGCCAUCGCCACAAGAGAUGUCUGAGCUCAGAUACUUGAUCUUUGACAUUGUGCACCUACUGGUGCGCAACCCUACGCCCGCCGAGGUGGCCACCAUCCUGCGCUUCGCCGUUUACACAUUGGACGUGGGUCAGGCUGUCGACACACUGGCAUUCAUCUUUGAUCUGAUCGCCAAGGCCAACAAGUACCAGCCAUUCUUUGACGAGAUGGAUCGAUUGGGCAGCACAGACAUCUUCCUCACACUCUUGUCUCGCAAGGAUGAGUCUGUCCGUGUGGCUGCGCUCCAACUCAUCGCCAAGUUGCACCUUAUACCUAUGCAGCCGGUCAGUAGUGGCGGCGCCUUUGGUGGAGGUGGCGGCGGUCUAGGCUCAGGCAUCAGUCUGAUGCCAAUGAUUGGCAGUGCCUCACCCAACAAGACGUUGAAGCGCAAGGCCAAGUCCAUCUUCCAGGACUCGGUGAUCAUAGCCCGAUCCCUCCACAUGUUCCCACUCACCGAGUUCACAUAUGGUCACCUUCUAGCGUUUGCACUGGGCUCAGACAAUGGAGACAUUGGAUUCAAUCUCAAUGUGAUCAAGUUGGAGAAUCUGAUGGUGGAGUCUAUCACAGACAUUGUAUUCCCAGAGGUAAUGAGUUGUAUUCUCAAGCUACUGCCUGUGGCAGAGUCCGUCCAACUGCUACUCCUCAUUCUCCAGAACAUCAAACUAUUGAUUGGGCACAGUGCAGCCAAUCGAAACACCUUCCUCCAAAUCGACAAAUGGCCCGACUUACUCUUUGCUGUGCUCAACGACACUGAGAUCAAGGACAAUCCACAAUACGGCAAUGUAACAGAGCUAACAUUGGACAUUAUGAAGAUAUUGGCGAUUCAUGCAUUGAAUGAUGUGAAGGGAUACAAGAAGUUGGAGUUGAUAUUGUCAUCGCUCAGACCUUAUGCAGAGCGUGGAGUAUUGGACUACCAUAUGUUGACUAGAUCAUUGCUCAAUGGUAUCGCAUGCUCAAUCAGAUCUGAAGCACUACGCGACAAGGACUCUAGCCUACACGAUCGCUCCAAGCGGCUGUCUGAGAACUUGGUCCACUUGCUCCUGCUCACUGAGGAGUUCAUCUUUUACUCUCCACUCGAUGACCUCAACCCACUGGUCAGCUCAUUCGCCAUCGUCGACUUGAUGGCCCUCGAGACAAAGUCUGUGGCUGAUAUCCUGGCAGCACCACCCCCCGACGCUGGCCCCGCCAGCAUCUACAGCAAGACACAUGAGAAGAAUGAUCGCUGGACUGAUUAUCAACUGGCCACAGACGUGCUCGAGAUGGUGGAGGCACUCAAGAUGUUGACUCUGCCAAAGUCCUCGGGCAAUGACAGUAACAACCUGCAGACUGGCAAGCCACAGCUCUACCAGAGCCACCAACAGCGUGUCAUCCAUCGACUGUUCCUCGAGGUGAUCCGCGAGUGUUACCGACGUGCCGAGCCCGUCAACGUCACGCACAACUGUCUGUUCAAGUAUCGCACGGUAAUGGAGAAGGACCUGCACUCCAAGUCGGACGACUCCAACCUGCGUUGCGCAUACGCGUUGUCCAAGCUGAUCCGUGCCAUGCAGAUUGCCACGCACAACAACAGUGUGGCGCACCAAAAGAUGUUGGUGGCGCCCAUCAAGGAGCUAGUGCGCAAGCUUCACUCACUACUCACAGCGCACCUGCUGCACAAACAGGUGAGUGGCAGCGCGACCAAGGUGACACAGAGCCAGCAGUCCGAGUAUGAAGGUGAGAUUGGCCGCUGGGUCUCUGAGAUUUCAGACUCGACGCGCUCAGAUGACUUCUGGUCCACGGUCACAAGCAACCCGCGCUGGACCCAGCUCUGUGAUCACAUUCACGACAUGGCAGGCCAGAUUGUGGGCGAGGACAAGGCACUUUCAAUCAAGAUUGAGUCGCGCAGGAAGAAGCGCGCCAAGAACCUGCAGCUGAUUGAUGAUCGCGAGGCUGAGAUCUUCUCUGGUGCAGAGAAGAAGGCUGACGCCGACCUCAAGAACAUCGACAAGACAUUGUUGUUCCCCGAGCGCGACAGACGCAUUGCCCUGUUGAACGGCCUCCAACUGACCGUGUACGAGACUGCCGCCCAUUGGCGCCGCAUCCUUCGUUCUCUGACCAAUGAGCGCGGUCCUUGGGGCACGACCGAGUCGGUUGUACACUGGAAGAUGGACAAGACCGAGAACAAAUCACGAAUGAGACGCAAGCUCAAGAGGAACUACUCAUUCGACGAGCACGCCAACUGCACCAUGGACGAUGUCAGCAUGAUGGCGGCGGCACGCGAUAACUCGAGCGAUGGCAGUGGCACAGAGUCGACGGCACUAACCAACCUCAAGGGCCUCAAACCGGUGCCCAGCAACAAGGACGACAUUGUCGACGACUGGGCCGUGCUAUGCGACUAUGACAACCUGCUUGACGACCCGAUUGUGUCACUGUCCACCACUCUCAGUUCGGUGCCCAACAGUCCCGCGCUCAACAGCUCCACCGCAGCCAGCACAAACAAGGAGAAGAUCGUCUAUAGCACGCAAUGCGACCUCGUCACACCAAAGAGUGUGUACAAGGGUCGUCUGGAUAUCACAUCGAUGCGAAUCACCUUCACUCAGGAGUUUGAUGAAGGUGCUCCGGGAGUGGUGGCCACAUCAAGCCCCAAUCCAGAGCCCAAGAUCAAGUCAUGGAACUGCGAGCACAUCAAGGACAUUCAGCUCAGACGAUACUUGCUGCGAGGCAGCGCCCUCGAGGUGUUCAUGCAGGAUCAGACGACAUUCUUCCUCAACUUUAAGAAGAAGGACAGGAACAAGGUGUACAGCAAGGUGAACUCGGUGCGAAGAGCGUACGCCAAGGACGUGCCGCCAACCCCCAACCCUGCCGACACACUCAAGAAGGCGACGAGCGAAUGGCAACAGCGCAGGAUGUCCAACUUUGACUAUUUGAUGCUGCUCAACACAAUUGCCGGUCGCACGUACAACGACCUCACACAGUAUCCCGUAUUCCCAUGGGUGUUGAACGACUACAAGUCUGCGACAAUCGACUUGUCCAACCCAGAGGUGUACCGAGACCUCAGCAGACCGAUUGGCGCGCUCAAUCCCAAGCGUCUGAGCAUCUUCCAGGAGCGCUACAGCUCGUUCGACGACCCACUCAUCCCCAAGUUCCACUAUGGCUCUCAUUACUCAAGCGCGGGCAUCGUGCUGCACUACCUGGUUCGCAUGGAACCCUACACCACACUGUUCUUGCAGCUCCAAGGCGGCAACUUUGAUCACCCCGACCGCAUGUUUGACUCGAUCGAGCUGGCCUACCGCAACUCACUGAACAGCACCACAGAUGUCAAGGAGCUCAUACCAGAGUUCUUCUACAUGCCCGAGUUCCUGACCAAUCACAACAACUUCAGCUUUGGUGCCAAACAGGACGGCCGUGUAAUUGGCGACGUGCUGUUGCCACCGUGGGCAGCCACUGCCCAGGACUUUGUUCGCAUCAAUCGCGAGGCUCUCGAGAGUGAGUAUGUCUCGCUGCACCUACAUGAGUGGAUCGACCUGAUCUUUGGAAUCAAGCAACGUGGACGCCAGGCCAUCGACGCAUGCAACGUGUUCUACUACCUCACAUACGAGGGCAGCGUCGACAUUGACUUGAUCGAAGACGAGUUCACCAGACGAGCGACUGAAUCCCAGAUCAACAACUUUGGCCAGACGCCCACGCAGCUGUUUGCAAAGAAGGCGCAUCCGGCUCGCGAACAACUGCAGGACGGUCAGCUGUCACUCUUCCGCACGCCACACAACAUGCAGUUCUUUGGCAUCAACAUUGCCAACAGACCGUUGGUGUAUAUCUCGAUACCCGAGCCAACGCACUUCAUGUCCUACCUGAGCGUGACGGAUCGCGUCACCACGAUCAAUCGAUCCCGAGUGCUCACCAGCCACAAGUGGUUCCCCAACACGCCUAACGAUCGCUCUCCAUUCACUCUGGAGCUUGAGCCUCCCUCAAACAACAAGCGACGCAUUGGCCUGCCAUUUGCAAACGAUGUGGUCAUCAAUCAGAAGUGCUUUGCCAUCACAAAUGAUGGCCGCUACACCAUCAGCUGUGGACAUUGGGACAACAGCUUCAAGCUGGCGCAUACAGACAGCGCCAAGCCAAUCCAGAGCGUAGUCAAGCACAAGGACAUUGUCACGUGUGUGGCGUGGUCGGACGAGGGCCAGACCCUGAUCACAGGCUCACGUGACACCACACUCAUGCUGUGGAACCUGAUUGCUCAUCGUGGAAGCAGUUCAACAUCACGCUUUGACAACGUGCCCACUCACAUCCUUUAUGGACACGAUGAUGAGAUCACCUGUGUGGACCUCAAUGUUGAGCUGGACAUUUGUCUCAGUGGCUCCAAGGAUGGCACAUGUAUCAUUCACAAUCUUGGUCGUGGAGAAUACGUACGAUCAAUCUGUCUUCCCAAGCAAUCAUCAGUCAAUCAAUGUAUAAUAUCCAAUCAAGGUCAUAUUGUUAUCUACUCACAGGAUGAUCUGAUGAUAUAUCUGUACAGCAUCAAUGGACAACUAUUGAGUUCGGUGGAGACACAUGGCAAGUUGAACAGUAUGAUUGUAAGCAAGGACUCUGAGUACUUGAUCACAGGAGGUGACAAAGGAACAGUUGUAAUCAGGACAUUGUAUAAUCUGAAGUUUGCUUAUAAGCUCAGCUUUGAUUCUGCCAUUCACUCAUUGGCAAUGUCAAAUGACCAGAGACACCUGAUGGUUGGCCUUGAGGAUGGUAGACUGCUAAUCAUUGCCUCAGUAGUUGGUAACAACAACAAUUCCACAGUUGUCUCAAGUUCAAUUAGUAGUAUCCUAUCCACCUCAUUACCAUCUUCCACCUCCACCUCAACCAUUGCCAAGACAUCUCAACAAACGACUCAGCAACAACAACAGCCUCCUCCUCCUUCUCCCCAAUAA